AUGACGUUCGAUUAUUAAUUAGAAAUGCUGAUUUUGAAUUCUAAUGGAACUAAUUCGUGUUAAUCAUCAAUUAAAACUGAAAUUGAUAAUUUAACUUCUGCUUCAGCAAACGCCGAUAGUAGCUAGGCAGAGGAAAAAAUUAACUUUAGAAAUGAAAUACAUUCCUCAAUACCUCAAAAUAAUUUACAAAAAACAAUUAAUAAUUUUACUAGCAGCUGUAAAAAUGAAACAGAAGAUUGCAAAAAGUGUAAAAAAAUUUAAAAAGAUCUGAAAAAACAAAUCAAAUAAUAAAACAUUAGAGAAACGAACAUUUAUUAUGAAUAAUUACAGAAUGAAUUAUAUAGAAAAGCUUUGCUAAGACUAAAAGAAGGAGAUCAACCUAUUAAACAAAGGAUUCUUGCAGCAUACCGAUGUAUGGAACUUAAAGUUAAUGAUUCAGCCUUGAAAUACGCUUAAAGGUAUUGCCAAAAAUAUGGCAUACAUGAUGUAAAUCCGAUUGUUUUAGUAUACAAAAUACUGCUUCUCCCAGAAGAAGUUCUAAAAAAGUUCGCUUAAGCUGAAGAUAAAGCAAUAUUAAGAUAAGAAUAUAAGUUUUAUUGUAUUAAUAUACAUCCGGAUAAAAAUAAACACUAUAAAGCAUUAGUUGCUUUUUAAAAAAUGAAAACAUAUUGGAACGAUAUUCCUAACUAGUCUCAUAAUUGA